GCGUGCCUGGUGUGACCCUUUGUGAUCGAUGUCGGGUUACGGUGACUGCUCGGCUCCCGGCAACGACAUGCAACACAGAUUCGUGGUGCCUGACACAGUGCUGCCGACGAAGGGCGGGCUGCCGACACGGUCAUGUGGGAACUUCGAGGGCCCAUGCGCUGUCAGAGCGUGUACGGUCGGUAGGUAGCGGAGGUGACGCUGCUGCUGUGGGGUGACGGCGUCGUCGGCUCCGGCGGCCUCUCCUGCCCGGCGCACGUAACUGGCGCCACGGCUGGACUCGCGCUCCUCGAGCUCCCACAGUCUGUCAGUGGUCGUAGAAGCUGUCAUCCUACUCUGCCACAAUGUCGAAGGUAACUCCAAACCGCGAGGUCAUCAGCAUCCACAUUGGCCAGGCCGGCGUCCAGAUGGGCAACGCCUGCUGGGAGCUCUACUGCCUCGAGCACGGUAUCCAGCCCGACGGCCAGAUGCCUUCCGACGCCAGCAUUGGUAUUGCCGACGAUAGCUUCAACACGUUCUUCUCGGAGACGGGCGCCGGCAAGCACGUGCCGCGAGCUGUGUUUGUGGACCUGGAGCCGACGGUGGUGGAUGAGGUACGUACCGGUACCUACCGCCAGCUGUUCCACCCGUCACAGCUCCUCUCUGGAAAGGAGGACGCAGCCAACAAUUAUGCGCGUGGCCACUACACCAUCGGUAUGGAGAUAGUGGACGCGACGAUGGACGCCCUCAGAAAGCUGGCGGAUGGCAGCACAGGACUGCAGGGCUUCCUGGUGUUCCACUCGUUCGGAGGCGGCACCGGCUCCGGCUUCACCUCGCUGCUGAUGGAGCGUCUCAGCGUCGACUACGGCAAGAAGUCCAAGCUGUGUUUCUCCAUCUACCCGGCGCCGCAGGUUUCGACAGCGGUUGUGGAGCCGUACAAUGCGAUCCUGUUCACGCACACCACCCUGGAGCACACUGAUGUCGAGUUUAUGGUCGACAACGAAGCCAUCUACGAGUUGUGCAAGUCGAGUUUGGAUAUUGAACGCCCGACGUACACCAACCUGAACCGGCUGAUCGGGCAGAUCGUCUCCUCAGUCACGGCUUCACUGCGCUUCGACGGCGCGCUGAACGUCGACCUUAACGAGUUCCAGACCAACCUGGUGCCGUACCCGCGUAUCCACUUCCCGCUGGUCACCUAUGCUCCGGUCAUCUCCGCGGAGAAGGCUCAACAUGAGAAGAUGUCCGUGCAUGAUAUCACGAAAGCCUGCUUCGAGCCGGCCAACCAGAUGGUCAAGUGCGACCCUCGCAAAGGCAAAUACAUGGCCUGCUGUCUUCUGUACCGGGGAGACGUCGUCCCCAAGGACGUCAACGCCGCCAUCGCAGCCAUGAAGGUCAACAAGACCAUCCAGUUCGUCGACUGGUGUCCGACUGGCUUCAAGGUCGGCAUCAACUACCAGCCGCCGACCGUGGUGCCCGGCGGCGACCUGGCCAAGGUGCAGCGCGCCGUCUGCAUGUUGACCAACACCACUGCCAUUCAGGACGCCUGGGCGCGCCUAGACCACAAGUUCGACCUGAUGUACAACAAGCGCGCCUUCGUGCACUGGUACGUCGGCGAGGGCAUGGAGGAGGGCGAGUUCUCCGAGGCUCGCGAGGACAUCGCCGCGCUGGAGAAGGACUAUGAGGAGGUUCAGUCUUCAGUGGAUGACCAGUACGACGACGAGUACUAGACGAGGAUGAAGACAGGUCUUUGCACCGGCGAGGGGCGGCCGAUUUUGGCGCAGGCGUUACAUAGCGAUGUCUGGAGUUCUUCGCCCUUUCCCGCGUUGAUUGUGAUGGUGUGCAGGGGGAGCCUUGCUCAAUAAGAAGAAACAGGUUGGAGCCAUUCUGCACCUAACUGCAUGUUUUGCGUGAUGAAGCUCAAAUGCAUCCACAUGGUGUGAUUUGCAAGGCAUUAGGUUGAAACUUAUAUCCGAUAGUCGGCUAUAGAAAAGGAUAGUUGCUUCGUAGUUACCUACAUGAUAGAUGUUUUAACCUCCUCUCGGCAUAGAACAUAGCUGUGAUUUAGAUUGCUGCCUAGUUUGAACCAUUUUCACCGAAAGAUACGAAACAUAAGCUCUUCAGAAGCUCCUCUGAAGCUCUUCAGAAUUAUUGUUUACCCCGACCAGUCCUCAACUACGAUUAAAGGGACCGUCACACCUCGAGAAAGUCAUCUUUUCGCGUAUAAGCCCCCAUCUGCUGUUGGAGAAGCAAAUGCGAGCAAUACGUGACACCCUCGUCACCCGUGUGUCAUUCUCGUCAUGCUGCAGUGCAUAAUAUAAAAACAUUGUUCCAUCGAGCUUGUCGCCUAGUCAUUACCGUUAAGCAGAUGACGUGUAUGAUAUC